AUGGCUAUCGACCUAGUUAUUGCAAGUGGCUCAAAUGGGUCACAUUUGCCGCAGCCUGAUGUCGCUGGGAUUGGUGUGCUGAUCUCGUUUGCCGCCUCGUCAUUUCUCAUCAUCCUGGCAAUCCUCGUCGCCUACUUUGGCCAAGCGCUCCGACCUGAUCGAUAUAGCCAACUUGACGAGGUCAUCAUUACUGGGCUUGGCCGCCGCUCAAAGGCUAGCAAUGAGGUUCGAAAGCGGCGCAUUGCAGCUUUUGAGUCCUUCAUCAAAGCCCUUUCCGACCAACAACUAUUCACCAGUCUGGCCCUCACAAUAGCGAUAUACCUGCUUCGAUAUAGCGUGAACGGGCUUGACGCUCGAGUGUCUGCAUACUCGUACUGUUUGGCAGUCAACAUCGCGCUACUUUCUUGCUUCGUUCACCUAUCUGCCGUGACCAUUCUACGGGAUCAUCUUGAAAAAUUCAAGCGGCUUCGGAAUGUACGAAUCUUUAUCAUGCUCAUUACAAUCGGCUGUCUGAUACCGCAACUCGUCCUGACGCAGCUUAUUGAUGCAAGCCUCACAUUGCAAUGCGCCCUCAACCCAGACGAAUUCUAUUUAUACCUUGUCUGGACGGACGACACAUACGGCCAGACGAUAUUUUUGGCUACACUUUCGAUAAUAUUGAUUAUCGCCUGGAGCUAUCUUCGCAGGUUACUUGAACUCCUCUCUCCAUUAUUUAGACAGUCACCCGAGAGACUGUCUAUCGCUGCGGUUCAUUGGAUUUGUCAGUGGCCAUCAGCCGAUGAACAAGACAGCUUCGACCAAAAAGCAACCGCGUACAUCGAAACGCAAUGUUCGGAAUUACCUACAUAUGGAGGGGUGGCGUUGUAUGGACGGGUACUGGGUAUUGUGAUCUUCGAGUUUCGCCGGUCAUUUAUCGCCGAAAUCAUUUGGCUAUUAUUCUACACCACCUAUGGGUUAUGUCAGAUACUUUUCUUCGUCUUUUGGGGCCCGGGUCCUGGUGCCUCACCUGUAAGUUUCUCUUUGGGCUUUGGCCAGAUUCUGCCCCUGGUGCUUCUUGGGCUCCCGGUCCUUUCUGCUCUGGAGCUAUACUCAGAAUGGCUAAGCCACAAUAUGAAUGACGAACAAUCCGUUGAACCCCAAGAUAUGGCCAACCCGCCACAGCAUCUCUUCACCAAUUCAAGCCUUUCCCUCACCCACACCCAGGGCCGCCAUUUGAGUCUAUACGGCUUGUGCUUUGAACAUCACGCCAAGAUCACAGGCGUUUCACGGCGCUGCUGGUGA